AUGCUUCCUUAUGGGGAUGAGGCUGAAUUGGAUGAGUUUAUCUCGCAAGAGGAGGCGUUGGAGAUGGCUUUGCGUGAGACGGAGACGCAGGCGCCGCUGGCUGGGCGGGUCGGGACGUUGAGGGGGGAUGGCAAUGGGGGGCGGGUUCCGUUUAGUGAUGAUGAGUAUGAUGAUAUCUUUAUGGGAUUGUCGGAUUCGCAGUUUGAGAGUGGAAAUGGGGCUCAGGAUAUGGACAUGUCAUGA